AAAAAUAUGUUAUUUUAAAAUCUAUUGAAUUAGUAAUUAAGCCUAUGAAGCUGCGGCUAAGUUGACAGAUCACAGUAUUGCUACGAGUUCGAGUUCGAAUAUAUUCAGAGCCGGCCGGUGGUGCGACCGCACAAGAGGGCGAAGUAGUAAGGUGACCGACAUGGCGGAGAUCACGUGGUUCUAGUCGUGUAAGUUUUACAUAAUAUUUACGACGAUUUUAAGCCGUCUCGUGCGAAUUGAUUACAUUCGCAACUGACGUUUUUAAACCUGAGUUCAUUAAUUUGAAGAGUAGAUAAUUUUUAAUGUUUUUAUUAGCAGAUAGAAAUAUUUUCAAAAGAAAUUGCUUCGAUUAUAUGAAUUCAUGUUUAAUGAAAUCACGAAGAAACUGAAUACGUUUCAGAAGCACAAGUUAAAAAUCAUGUGUCGGUUCCUUUCCCAAGAUGGAUCGUAUUCUCAGAGGAAAAGAUAUUAUGAAGCGCUCAAUCUCACUCCAAAGGCUACCCAAGCGCAGAUUAAAUCGGCAUUUUAUAGACUUUCUAUGUUGUAUCACCCGGAUAAAAAUAAUUCCGAGGCUGCUACUGUUAAAUUUCGGGAAAUUAACGAAGCCUACGAAGUAUUAGGAAAUUACGAAUUGAGAAAAAAGUACGAUCGAGGACUCUUAACUACGAGAAGAGCCAGCGUCGUGGAUCCGGCGGACGAGAUCAAAGACGAGCACGCGGAUUUUUAUAAGAGUAGAGAAAAAAGCCGUAAACCGGUGCCUCGCGGCAGGUCGCAGAUUUACAAUUUUGACGAGUUUUAUAGGAUGCAUUACGGGGAAGCUGUACAUCGAGAUCACGGUCAUCAAAAGGAAUACGUCGAGCACAUGAAGAGUAAAAGAGAGAAGACCAAGUCCUAUUUAUUACUCUAUUUAAUUUUGGCGUUUUGUUUUAUUUCGUUAUACGUGGAUUAUCAGACGCAUCGAAUGCGUAAGCCGAAACGGGAAAAUUUAAAUGAAAAACAGACGUGAUGCCGAGAAAAAUUAUGCUCGCAUAUAUUGAAAAACUUUCAAUUUAAGAAGUUUUAGAAGAUGGUUAAACUAAUUAUUAUAAAGAACAAUAUAAAAUAAAAGAUUGUAUAGUUUAUUUAAAGCUGUUAUUAAGUAGAAGUUAAACAUAUGCUUUAUUGUAAUGAUGUUAUAUUAUAGUUUAUUAAAAAAAUUAAAUUAUAAAACACUGUGAAAAUAAGAUUAUAAUAUUUUAAAGUAAUAAUACAAUAAUUGGAAGGU